AUGCGGUUACUUGUACUUGUACUUGUACUGGUCCAUCUGACCACAGCGAACAAGACCCUGACCUACUUAGAGAAAUACGGCUAUCUCAACAGCAACGGAACAUCGCUGACUAACAAUAUUAAGGACGCCAUUACGAGGUUUCAGGAGACGUUCGGACUACAGGUGACCGGAUAUGAAAACGAGGAGACGCUGAAGCUGAUGGACACACCCAGAUGCGGUAACUCGGACGAAGGCAUAGCCCCGUUUUCCGUGAACCCAUUAGUUAAAUGGAACUCAACUCGGGUCACGUGGAACAUGAUUGGCUCUGGCAUCCAGUAUGCCAACAUCGUUGAGAGACCGUUUUCCUUGUACUCCAAGCACUCUGCUCUCGAAUUCCGUAGAAGUUACAGUAAUCCCACUAUAAUGGUAGUGAUUUCCCCUAAGAAACACGUGGCGUACUACCUUAAAAGCACUUGCAGUUACGAUUUUGACGGUCCAGGCGGCGUUCUCGGCCACGCCUUUCUCCCUCGACCGUGGCUGAACCAAUCGGAUAUACACCUUGAUUUCGAAGAGGACUGGGACUUUACAAUGAAUAUACCCGCACCGGAGAAGACUUCGUUCUUUACAGUGAUGGUCCACGAAAUAGGCCAUGCUCUCGGUCUUCAGCAUUCGUCUGUGUUACGAUCCGUAAUGUUUCCGUCCUAUUACCCGCCAUCGGGUAUCAACAACUUGUACGAAUUUGAUUUGGACAGAGACGAUCAGCUUGCAAUUUAG